GAUAAUUGUUUGUCCGUUUAUGGACGCGCUGCGUUUAUUUCGAUGUCUGGCGCCUCAUUGAAUCUCCUUGUUUUGUAAAGCAGAUCACAAACAGGUCAUCGUUUAAAUUUACACAAUUUAAUAAGCAAGGCGUAAUUGUUGUAUAUACAACACGUAUAUGAUUCGAUAUUUACAAUUGAUGAUUCAUUAGUAGUGAAGUGAGUGCGCAUAGAAGUGGUGAUACUAUUUACGAGGAUUAUUUUUAGUUCAUACUAUCACAAUGCCUACCAGUGCGGUUUAUCAGCCUACAACGGUGACUUACGAACAGCAGCCUAAUGAUCAACGCUGGAAUUGCCCUAUCAGCUACUUCUCACGAAGGGUGACAAGUAGCUUGAACCGGGCACUCUGCAUAAGACUUGCUUUGUGUCUCUUUGGCAGCACUUUAUUUAUCAUAGGUCUUGCUCUUCUAAUAGCAGGCGGCGUGCAGUACUCCAACACGCCAGCGACUCCCACGCCGCAAGACGCGGAUAACGGGUUCGGGGCGCUCAUCGCCGGCGGGGUCAUACUGUGUCUCGGACUGCUUUUUGCAGGUGUAGGAGGUUGGGCAUGGUCUGCUCGCUGGGGAGGAGGCAAGGAGGCCCCGGCUGGCGGUGCCGCGGCGUUGACAGCUCUCAACCCGUCCACGGACCCCCUGGUGGCGGCACAGUACGCGCCUGUAAGGGACGCCCCGCCCGCACCCGACGAUGAAAUGCGUAACCUCAUGGACAACAAAGAGUGUUUGAGCAGUGCAGAAGAAAGCGACAAAAUGCUCGACGGUCGACCGUCUGUGGCGUAAACACGAGGUGAAAAAAAAAAUUGUUCCCCUCACUAGAGUCCUGAAAAAAUAAUGUCCACCUAUUAAAAUUAUUUUAUUCCUUAAACGAUACAUUUCUACGAAAAUCUUUAAAAAUUCAAUUAAUUUUAAAAUGUGGCGGCUCCUCGGGUUCCUCCGGUUAGGUUUUCAAAUCUUUAUGGUAACGGACAUAUUACCGUACCAUCGAAACCAAGAAAAUACAUUAUUUGACGAGUUAUUAAAAUGUACACUUAUUGCUAGUUUGAUUUGAUUUUACGGUACAAAUUAUAUGCGACAGUUUUGUUUGUGAUAUUUUAUUUACGUGCGUUUUCUUUUUGUAAUAAACGAAUUAUUUAAUUGGUUCUUGUACAACACGAAUUGAGUUAAGCGAUAAAACGAUGGACAUUAUUGAUAUAUUCCGUGUAUCUUUAAGUAUUUCUUGUCAAGUGUUCAAUUUAGAACUAUUAUGUAAUUCUAUUAUAACAUAUAAAUAUCAGAUAUAUUUUCUUGAUGUUUAUACACACGGUCAAUAAUCAAAAUAAAAGUAUAGUUUUGGUAGUUGGUAAUAGUAAUUUAGAAAGACACGUGGCCAAAUUAUCGUCCAGUUAUAAAAGUUUAGAUUAAAUGUCCAUUAUGUGAACAUUUCGAUUUUAUAGUUGUGUAAUGGCAUCUGAUUGUAGUGUAUUCUUAAUGUUUGAAAUGUAAAAUGUAGUAUUUUUUUUUGGUUUUGUACAAAUUGUACAUUCCAAUAGAAUUGAUAUAGAAUACCACGAAUGUAGAACGGUGAACAAAAAACGAAAAUUGGCAUUUUUCUAAGUACCUGUUACUUUAUCGUUUCUAUUUUACUUUUAUUCCGCUGCGCUUUUUUUUUUGCAGUGAAGAUUAAAAUAUAUAUUUUCAAUUUAAAAAAGGCUACACUUUCUUAUUGAUUUUUAACGUUUUCCUUUGCUUUUAGUCUAUUUGUAUGAUUAUACUCUAUUAAUAUUGAAGUAAAAAUAUUUCCAUGACUUUCUUCUUUAACAGCUUUCACUGAGCCGUUUAUUCGGAUAUUUCUUAAUUUAAUAUUAUAAAUCCAUAGAAAAUGAUAAACAACAAUAUAUCAAGACUUAUUUAUUUAGAUCAUCACAAUUUUAGUAUUUUAUUAUCGAUUUGGGUAGCAUACAUAGCUAAUAUAAAUAAUUUUAUUAUGCGCAGUAAUGGCAUUUACAUAUUAUGUAUUUAAUAGUUAUAAUGGAAGAAUAUAGUAUACGGAAAAGCAAACUUAUUUAAGCGCUGGCGCAAAAUACGCAUUAAAACGAGAAUACCUAUUAAGCCUAUCCUCUUAACUCUGUGACGUAAGAAAUAUUGUAAAAAAAAAAUACACCGAAUUAUACAUAUUUUUUGACAAAAUCAUGUGUGGUUACGUAAUAAAUAUUUUUAAAAUCAGCAAGAAUGAGACUAAUUUUAUAAUGGCUCGAUAUAUAUAUUUUUUUGCAAUAUUCCUACAUCACUAAUAAUUAUUUUAGUUUACGAUUAAAACAAUACAAUUAAUCAACAAAGUUGCUAUCUUAUAUAAGUUUAUUUGCAAUAUUUUAAUAUUAUUUUAUUGAUAAUCUUUUACAUUUCUAUUCGAUUGGAACUAGCUGUAGGUAAAUUGAGACACAUAAUAUAAAUGUUGUGUUAAUUUUGUGUUGAGACCGUCCUGAUUAGUUUUUAAGUGUAGGUUGUUUAUGUCCAACCGAUGACGUAAUAUACAAAUGAAUUCCGAUGAAUAUUUAAAUAUAAAGGUACGCCUUACCGGCAUUGUGCAAUUUCCUAUUCACGUACCUACCUAUAGGUAUUACGUUUUAUGAACGAUAAUGUACGGGAUUCGAUUUAUACUUUUAGUAUCUGCGUGACAACUAACUUUAUUAAUUUGGUGUUGACUGUACUUAAGCAUUUAAUAAAAAAGGGUAAUCGUUGAUAUUAAAUUUAAUUUAGGCUCUCUUCAAUAUUAUUGCAAAUUAUUUCGAAUUUCAUAUACAACAACAAACAUAUACCUACUUAAUUGUGUAGACAAAAAGAAAU